AUGGAUUCCCUGGUGGACGGGAACCACACUGCAGUGACAGAGUUCAUUUUAUUGGGUUUAAAAGAAGGUCCUACCCUUCGGGUCAUCCUCUUCAUGGUCAUCCUGUGCAUCUAUCUGGUGACCAUAUCUGGCAAUCUCAGCACAAUCAUCCUGAUCAGAAUCUCUUCGCAGCUCCAUCGUCCUGUGUAUGGUCUCCUGAGCCACUUGGCUUUUUCUGACAUAGGCUGUUCAUCUUCUGUCACGCCCAAUAUGCUUGUAAACUUCCUGGUGGAGACAUACAAAAUCUCCUAUCUUGGAGGUGCCAUCCAGCUUGGUUCAGUUGUUUUCUUUGGGUCAGCUGAGUGCUGUCUUCUGGCUGCCAUGGCCUAUGAUCGCUUUGUAGCAAUCUGCAACCCACCGCUUUAUUUAACUAAAAUGUCUACCUAUUCUCUGUGGCUUAUUAUCCCUGUAGCAGUCGCCUCAUUUUUCAUUAUUGUGGUCACAUUGUUUGUCAUAGCCACUUCCUAUGUCUACAUCCUCAUCACCAUCCUGAAGAUGUGCUCCACUGAGGGCCACCACAAGGCCUCCUCCACCUGCACCUCCCACCUCACUGCAGUCACUCUGUUCUAUGGGACCAUUACAUUCAUUUAUGUGAUGCCCAAGUCCAGCUACUCUACUGACCAGAACAAGGUGGUGUUUGUGUUCUACAAGGUGGUGAUCUCCAUGUUGAACCCCCUCAUCUACAGUCUCAGGAAUAAUGAGAUUAAGGCUGCUUUCAAGAGACAGCUUGGUAGAAAAAUAUUUUCUUAA